ACGCUGGUCCACUUAGACGUCUGAGCAGGUCUCAAAACUGCAAGUUCCACACCAGUCAUGGCUGCCCCGGGACAAGUCGUGGGUAGAGGGACCCUUGAGACGUGCGGUCUGGACCAGAUUCUGGAAGCGCUGAAGCUGCUGCUGAGCCCAGGAGGAUCAGGUUCAAGUUCAUUACAGAUUACAAAGCAUGAUGUCUUACUGACUACCUUGAAAUCUAACCUCUCCGCCUUGGAGGACAAGAUUCUGAGGGAUCCUCAGUGGAGGAAACUGAAACUCCUUCGAGAUGAAAUCGCUAAUCAGGCAGGGUGGCCACAGAGCUCCGUGGACGUCACUUGGAGUUUUACUUCUCAAACCUUGUUGUUGCUGUUGUGCUUGAAGGAGACCAUGAUCUGCCUUGCAGCUAAUUUCAACCCAGGGAAACCCAACCCUAGGACCCCAGAGGUCGCUCCUGCCCUGAGCCCUGAUACACUUAGUAUCGCACAACAGAAGACCGUCCAGUCCACUUUGCAAUUUGUAGUCACCUUCGGUGUCUGUCCCUACCUCAUGGCUGGUGUUGGAGUGCCUCUGAAAUGCAGGACUGAGUUUGGUGCUGUUGUUCAAGAUGUGGUGAGCCUGGAUGCUGCCCCCCAUGCAGCCCGGAGACUGUACACUACUUGCAGCGUUCUCCUGGAUGUGGCUCGACAUGCAUCUCUGGGCAGCUUAAUUUUCUGCCGCCACUUUGGGGAUAUUGCAGCAGGCCUGUGCCAACUGGGGUUCUGCCCAACCAAAAGAAAGCCCCCGACACUUUCAGAAGAGGUUUUAACUGAAGAGGAACAAACCCUAUGCAGGGGGGCCUUGAGAGACAUCUUGGAUCAAGCGUAUCAGCCUUUAGCAGUGCGGGAAUUACUUGUCCUCCAAGGAGGACCUCCCCAGUCUUGCACGGGUGUGAAUACACAGCUUAGCUGUCGGACCCCAGCUUGGCUUCGCCGUCUGUGUGGGCAGCUUCUUUCUGAAAGAUUAAUGAGGUCCAACGGUGUUCAGGCAGUAGUCCGGGGCAUUUUGGAAGGAGCAGGUGCAGGGGCAGCUGGUGGGAGUGAUGCUGAGGCAAAGGCUGCUGACUGGAAGAAGUGUGACUUGAUUGCGAAGAUCUUGGCCUCUUGUCCCCAGCAGUCUCUUUCACCAGAGAGUUACUACAGGGACAUUUGCCCCCAGAUUCUGGAUUUAUUUCAUUUUCAAGAUAAACUGACAGCGCGACAAUUUCAGAGAAUUGCCACCACCACAUUUAUCACUAUGUCUAGAGAACACCCACAGUUGGCAGCAAAUUAUUUGCUUCAGCCAUUGUUAGCUCCUCUUCAUCGAUGUUUGGAUACAGCAGAGAUUCCAGAAAGUGACAUGGUUCCAGGGAUCAUUUUGGUGAAAGAAGAAGAACUUAGUAGAUGUAUUGAAGAUGUCUAUAAGGUGUACGUGGUGGGGAAUGAACCUCUCGCAGUGCUGGUGGAUUCCUUGCUUCCAGUCCUAAGGAUGCUCUUUGCACUCUACUGCUUCACAAAGCAGACCGUGUCUCACGUAAGGUCAUUUUGCCAAGAGAUCUUAUUAUGGAUCCUGGAAAAGCUGGAAAGGAAGCUAGCAAUUGCCAGCCUGAAAGGAUUUGCAGGAUUGGACAAAGCUGUGCCCUCUCUCCAUCCUCUGUGUCAGUUUAGAGCUGCCAACAAGGGUGGCAUUAUGAUUACUAUCAGAGAGGCUAUUAGUGAUGAAGAUGAAGCCCUGUACCAGAAGUUGUCCUCAGAGCAGAGCCAGCUGGAGCAUCUGGGGGACUUGCUCACCUGUUGUCAGGACUGUGGUUUGGCAGGAGACUUCUUCAUCUUCUGUCUGAAAGAGUUGACUCAUCUGACUGUGGAAAAUGAAGCAGAGUUAAAACCUCAGCCCUUCUCUAGCAAGAGCCUCUUGGAAUUGGAACACCAGGCUCUCCUUGUGGAAAGCCAGGAGCAUAAGCUGCUUGUCCUGCAGCUACUGGCUGUUCUGUGCGAGAAAAUGUCGGAGCAGAUAUUCACAAACAUCACUCAGAUAUUCUUGGAGAACUUGGAACAUGAAGACAGUUUUGUAUAUCUGUCUGCAAUUCAAGGAGUUGCCCUGCUCUCAGAUGUGUACCCUGAGAAAAUCUUGGUUGACCUAUUGGCACAGUAUGACAGCAGCAAGGGCAAGCAUACACCUGCGACCAGAAUGAAAGUUGGGGAAGUCCUGAUGCGAGUUGUCAGGGCAUUAGGGGACAUGGUCUCAAAGUACCGAGAUCCUUUGAUCCAUACCUUCCUGAGGGGAGUGAGAGAUCCAGAUGGUGCCCACAGGGCCAGCAGCUUAGCCAACCUGGGAGAGCUGUGCCAGCGCCUGGACUUCCUGCUGGGCCCUGUGGUUCAUGAGGUGACAGCUUGCCUGAUUGCUGUGGCUAAAACAGACAAUGAAGUUCAAGUCCGCAGAGCUGCCGUCCACGUGAUUGUGCUGCUGCUUCGGGGUCUUAGCCAGAAAGCUACUCAGGUGCUGAGAGAUGUCCUCAAGGAUCUCUACCACCUGCUGAAGCAUGUGGUGCAGCGGGAGCCCGACGAUGUGGCCAAGCUCCAUGCUCAGCUAGCCCUGGAGGAGCUGGAUGAGAUCAUGAGAAACUUCCUGUUCCCUCAACAGAAGCUGGAGAAGAAGAUUGUUGUCCUGCCAUAGACGUGGCUCCAAGGACAUGAGGAA